AUGUCUGUUGGAAAAAAACCCUACAUUUCUUAUAUCUAUCUAUCUAUCUAUCUAUCUAUCUAUCUAUCUAUCUAUCUAUGUCUGUAUCACAUCAUAUUCUAUCUAUCUAUCUAUCUAUCUAUCUAUCUAUCUAUCUAUCUAUCUAUCUAUCUAUUCUUUCUUUUCUAUCUACCUAUCUAUCUAUCUAUCUAUCUAUCUAUCUAUCUAUCUAUCUAUCUAUUCUUUCUUUCAUAUUCUUUCUUUCUUUCUUUCUUUCUUUCUUUCUUUCUUUCUUUCUUUCUUUCUUUCUACCUUGAUCUCUUAAUAUCUAUCUCGAUAUUCUUUCUUUCUUUCUUUCUUUCUUUCUUUCUUUCUUUCUACCUUGAUCUCUUAAUAUCUAUCUCCAUAUUCUUUCUUUCUUUCUUUCUUUCUUUCUUUAAUAUCUAUCUUAAUAUUCUUCUAUCUAUCUAUCUAUCUAUCUAUCUAUCUAUCUAUCUAUCUAUCUAUCUAUCUAUUCUUUCUUUCUAUCAUAGCAUAUUCUUUCUUUCUUUCUAUCUAAUAUCUAUCUCCAUAUUCUUUCUUUCUUUCUGCCUUGAUCUCUUAAUAUCUAUCUAUUCUAUCUAUCUAUCUAUCUAUCUAUCUAUCUAUCUAUCUAUCUAUCUAUCUAUUCUUUCUUUGUAUCAUAGCAUAUUCUUUCUUUCUUUCUUUCUUUACCUUGAUCUCUUAAAAUCUAUCUCGGUACUAGAGACAAAGAUAGAUCUAUCUAUCUAUCUAUCUAUCUAUCUAUCUAUCUAUCUAUCUAUCUAUCUCAUCAUAUUCUUUCCCCAAACCAAAUCAUAUUCUUUCUUUCUCCUUCCUUCCUAUCUAUCUAUCUAUCUAUCUAUCUAUCUAAUUCUUCUUUUUUCUAUUUAUCCAUCCAUCUGUCUAUUCAUAUUUAUCCAUCGAUGUAUUUUCUAUCUAUCUAUCUAUCUAUCUAUCUAUCUAUCUAUCUAUCUAUCUAUCUAUCUAUCUAUCUAUCUAUUUUAG